AUGAAGACUUUUGCAGGUUCGUUGCGAUUAAAUCCGUUAUCCGUAAAGGAAGCUACGAAAUUACCGGAAGAUGAAGUAAAGAAACUUUUGGAAUGUCUUUUUGCAAAUGCUAUGCGAUUUUUCGUGCUGUAUUGCAUGCACGCCAUUAGAGAUCAAACAGUUCUGAAGUUCUCAAACGAUGGAAGCGCAUUCUUUCGUUUGAAGGAUCCACUUGCUACAUCCGCAUUCGACAAGGAAGUACAUGCUCUCGGCCCCAAGUUUCUUCUAUGCGUGUCUGAUGAGAAGAUGAAGAGCUGUGUGCCAUUAAGCGAUCUCUAUACACCAACAUUUGACGAUUGGCAAUCCGGAAACGACUGCUCAUCGUUAGUUUAUCAAAUUGCACAUCUUCCUGUAGCGGAAAUUACUAGACUGAUACUUGGAGAAAAGCUAUUUUUGGAGCUUGUUUCCAAGUUCCCUGUCUUUGUAGCCCAACUGAAUGAAUAUGCUAGAUCUUUGAAACAUUUUCAAUCAAGAGAGCGACACAGGCAAUGCAAAUAUGCAAUGACAAAAACAGAAAUAGUAGUGCUUCGCACAUCCGUAGUAAAGGUUUACGUGGAGAGAGUGUUGUUAGCUGCAUCUGACUGGUUUGCGUUUGAAAAGAAAGUUAGUCUACUUAAUUAUAUUGCAAAGUCUUUGCGCACAUGGGUCAGACACGAGAGAUUAUUCAAAGAAGCUAUGUAUGACAUGCCUUAUGAAGAAUAUCACUCGCUGCGAGUUUUUUCGGAGAAACAUGGAGCUCUUCAUCCACUUUCAGAAGAACUUCUCAAAGAGAUCUCGACAAGAUUUGAUCACUUUUUCCUUAUCUAUGCGAUUCAUGCUCUCAGAGAACAUACUGACGCUUUCGUAGAUGAGAAGGGUAUUGUGAAAUUUCGAUUUAAGCAACAAGAUUCUAACGCUUAUAGAACGGAUAUCUUAAUACCUGACGAAGAACUUCAGCACAGGUCUGUAUCCCCUAAUGAUUGGUCUUCUCAACAAUCAACACAGAGUGUCGAAAAUCCGGGUAAUUCAUGGGUGCCAUCUCAAGCCGAUGAAGAUAAUGUUCUUCCUUCAUUCAAGCCUGAAUCGGUGAAAUCACCGGAGAUUGUGGAAGCAGAAAACGACAAUGAUGAAGAAUGGGAGAUGAAGCUCUUUGAAAGGGUAAGGGAGGAUCCGAUUGUGCCAACACAUUUCAAAACAAUUUUUGGAAUUCUCGCGGCCAAUAACCGCAACUUACGGGAAGAGAAAGCUUUUUUGCAAUCUAGAUUAGGAUUGGGUUAG